AAGGAACUCGCAGUUUGACUUUGAACACUACCGGCUGCUUUCUGAAACUGACAUUAAAUGACAGAAUUUAAAGAUGUUCGUCUCAUUCUUCUGCCCUUUCUGACCCGAAUCAACUUGGUAGCAGCGUCUAAAUAAUCCAUUUCCGAACACACAAACUUAAAGCUCUCUCCUUCAAAGCUGCCUCAGGUAUUUAAGCAGUGUUGUCCCUGAGAACUGAGAAGCUAAAAAGAAGAGAAUUUGUGGACAUGGCAGGAGGGUCUUUUGCAGGAGGCGGUGGUGUGGCCAAAGAGAGGGCAAAUCAGUACAAAGGCAGAGUUACAACUUAUGUGGUCAUUGCUUGUAUUGUUGCUGCCACCGGUGGUUCCCUCUUCGGCUACGAUAUUGGAAUCUCAGGUGGGGUUACUUCCAUGGAUGAUUUCCUUGAGGAUUUCUUCCCCACAGUGUACAGAAACAAGGGGCACGCACAAGAGAACAACUACUGCAAGUACAACAAUCAAGGCCUUUCAGCAUUCACCUCUUCUCUUUACAUAGCUGGUUUAGUUGCAUCUCUCAUGGCUUCUCCGGUCACUAGAAAGUACGGACGGCGAGUCAGUAUAAUCGCCGGUGGUAUCAGCUUCCUCAUUGGUUCAGCUCUCAACGCCUCAGCUGUUAAUCUCGCAAUGCUCCUCUUGGGUCGAAUCAUGCUCGGUGUUGGCAUUGGAUUCGGAAAUCAGGCUAUUCCUCUGUAUUUGUCAGAGAUGGCACCGACCCACCUGCGAGGAGGUCUGAACAUGAUGUUUCAGGUAGCGACAACGUUUGGGAUUUUUACAGCAAACAUGGUAAAUUAUGGAACACAGAAGAUUAGACCAUGGGGAUGGAGGCUGUCUCUAGGGUUAGCAGCAGUGCCAGCUCUUUUGAUGACGGUAGGAGGGAUAUUCCUUCCUGAUACACCAAACAGCUUAAUAGAACGAGGAUUAAAAGAGAAAGGAAGAAAACUUCUGGAAAGAAUCAGAGGGACGAAGGAUGUUGAAGCAGAGUUUCAAGAUAUGAUCGAAGCAAGCGAGUUUGCAGAGUCCGUGAAACACCCUUAUCGGAACAUUCUGGAAAGGAAGUACAGGCCAGAGUUGGUGAUGGCCAUCUUCAUGCCGGCGUUUCAGAUUCUGACGGGCAUCAAUACGAUUCUGUUCUAUGCUCCGGUGUUAUUUCAGAGUAUGGGGUUCGCCAGAGACGCGUCACUGUACUCGUCGGCGUCGACCGGUGGCGUUCUUGCUCUCUCAACCUUCAUUUCGAUUGCUACAGUAGAUAGAUUGGGAAGACGACCUUUGCUUAUCGGCGGUGGGGUGCAGAUGAUCACGUGUCAGAUAAUUGUGGCCAUAAUCCUGGGGAUCAAGUUCGGGGCUGACCAACAUCUGUCCAAAAGCUAUUCAGUAUGGGUUGUGGUUGUGAUCUGUCUGUUUGUGUUGGCUUUUGGAUGGUCAUGGGGCCCACUUGGUUGGACAGUCCCAAGUGAGAUAUUUCCAUUGGAGAUCAGAUCAGCAGGCCAGAGCAUCACAGUUGCUGUAAACCUUCUGUUCACUUUCAUAGUUGCUCAGGCCUUCCUUUCCCUCCUCUGUGCUAUGAGGUUUGGGAUCUUCCUCUUCUUUGCUGGCUGGAUUUCAUUAAUGACUCUCUUUGUUUUCCUCUUCUUACCUGAAACUAAGGGAAUCCCCAUUGAAGAGAUGUCACUUAUGUGGAGAAGACACUGGUUCUGGAAAAAGAUUCUGCCUGCAGAAUCACAAGUUUAGUCCCAAGAUGCUAAAAUGAAUACUUCCAUCAGUUCCAUGACUCAUAUGAUGUAGCUUGAUUUUUAUUCUGUAGAAUUCAGAGACAAUUUCUAUCUACUGUCAUGUAUACCAAAGUACACAUUGACUUUUCACAGUAAAUCUUCUUCUGGGGUGUUUGGCAUUUGAGAAAAGUACUUUUAAAAAGUAGUUUUUUACAAAUCGAAACAAACUCAUUCACAUA